ACACUAAAGUGAUCCAUUACUAUGAUGUGUGGCAUGUAGCCAAAGGUUUAAAGAAAAAGCUUGUUUCCCUUUCCAAUAAGAAAGGUUUUGAACUGGUUGGAAAGUGGGUAAAAAGCAUUACAAACCAUUUGUACUGGGUAGCAAAAUCAAGCAAUGGAGAUGGAGACUUAGCUACAGCCAAGUGGGAUUCCCUUAUGAGUCAUCUACAGAACAUCCACAAACAUCAAAACACAAAGUUUAAAAAAUGUACACAUAAAAAGAUUAAAAGACAGUGGUUUAAACCAGGUGCUGAAGACACAGUUAAACUAUCUGAAAUUAUUGAAAGCACUAGAAUGCGAAACAAGGUGGCCAAAUUGUCUCCACUGGGGCAAACAUCCUCACUAGAAGGGUAUCACAGUAUUGUAAAUCAGUUUUGUCCGAAAAUGAUCCAUUUCUCAUACAACGUUAUGUAUGCAAGAAUUAGACUGGCUGCUCUUCACUUCAAUGAAAACACUGGACGGCCAACUAAAAGAAAUAAGGAAGGGCAUGAAGAGUACUCUAUUAAGUUCCCUAAAGCUAAGAAAGGUGGCCAUACUGUGGUUGCUAUACCAAUAAAUUGUACUUAUGCCUAUGUUGAAAAUGCAUUUGAGGAACUCUUUUCUGUACUUGGAAAAAAUAGUGACGAGCAAGAUCUCAAUAAUGUCCCACCAGAGCCAAUGUGCAGUAAGAUGAGCAGACCAGUAAAGGAAGAAGCGGUUAAGGCACAUACAACACGAUACUGAUAGCAUCUUACCAGAAAUAAAGUCAUCAGUAACUUAA